ACUUCCCCACCACCGUCUCUCUUCUCUCUCUCUGCGCAGAGAAACUUUGCAAUUUGCAGCUCAUUCAUUCAUUUACCCAAUCUUCUUCUUCUUCUUCUUCUUCUUCUUCUUCUUCUUCCUCUUCCUCUUAGCUCCCAAAAAACAACAUCUACACAAUAUAACAAAGUGAAAGAGAUCCUUAUCCUUUUCAGAUUCAUUCGAAAACAGAGGCCUUUUUUAAAAAAAACUUUCAUCAUAGGUUGUGGUUUUGGUGCAAAUAAAGAAAUGGGAAGCAAAUGGCGAAAAGCAAAGUUGGCUUUAGGUCUCAAUUUAUGUCUCUACGUUCCCAAAACGCUUGAUGAUUCUUCUUCUCCUUCUAGAAGAUCAGAAGACGACGCCGCCGUUUCACUUUCUCCUGUUAUGGUCCCGACACCCACUACGCCGACUCCUUCGUCCUCUGGUCUCCGAUUGCCUCGCUCCAUUAGCAAAUCCUCUUCAAAGAAAACUUGUGCGAUAUGUUUGACGGCGAUGAAAGCGGGGCAAGGCCACGCAAUCUUUACAGCAGAAUGCUCUCAUUCGUUUCAUUUCCAGUGCAUCACUACGAAUGUCAAACACGGGAACCAGAUUUGUCCUGUUUGUCGCGCUAAAUGGAAUGAGAUCCCUCUCCAGAGCUCUAAUGCUAAGUCCAAAACUGGUGUCAAACCGGUAAGUCGACCUAGGGACGAUGCCUGGAUGACAAUCCCUCCGCGGAGGUCGUCCCCGAUUCAGUCUUCUUCACGGCCUGACAAUCUAAGGGUCUCCUCGAUCUUUAACACCGAGCCUGCGGUUUUUAAUGAUGAUGAGACUCUGGAACAUCAAGACCAUUCUGCUGAAUCUGGUUUGGAGAAAUCUAAACAUGGUGUUAGUGGGACAUUGGAAGUUAAAACAUACCCAGAGAUUUCAGAAGUAGCGAGAUCGGUUUCGUUUAAGGAUUUUGCUGUACUGAUCAAUCUAAAAGCUCCUUCAAAGUCGUCUUCAAAUUCAUCUUCUUCUCGGGCUCCUGUGGAUCUAGUCACGGUUCUUGAUGUGAGCGGAAGCAUGGCGGGAACAAAACUGGCGUUGCUGAAACGAGCUAUGGGUUUUGUGAUUCAGAAUCUUGGCCCGUUUGACCGUCUCUCGGUUGUAUCAUUCUCCUCCACAGCACGCCGUAAUUUCCCUCUCCGUCUCAUGACUGAGACUGGCAAACAAGAGGCAUUGCAAGCAGUUAAUUCGUUGGUCUCAAACGGAGGGACUAACAUUGCAGAGGGAUUGAAGAAAGGUGCUAGAGUUUUGAUCGACCGUAGAUUCAAGAACCCGGUAUCGAGCAUCGUGCUCUUGUCUGAUGGUCAGGAUACAUAUACCAUGACUAGUCCCACUGGUUCCAGAGGGACGGAUUACAAAGCCCUUCUUCCUAAAGAGAUCAACGGAAACCGGAUCCCAGUUCACGCAUUCGGGUUUGGUACGGACCAUGAUGCUUCAUCGAUGCAUUCCAUUGCAGAAAACUCCGGAGGUACAUUUUCUUUCAUAGAGUCUGAGAUGGUUAUACAAGAUGCAUUCGCGCAGUGUAUUGGAGGUCUCCUCAGCGUUGUGGUUCAAGAGCUAUGCGUUAUGAUCGAGUGCGUUCAUACUCUGUUGAGGAUUGGAUCGGUUAAAGCUGGAAGUUACCAGUUUGAUAGAGGUCCGAAUUCGAGAACAGGAUCUAUCGCAGUCGGGGAUCUCUAUGCAGAGGAAGAGAGGAAUUUCUUGGUGAAUCUUGAUAUCCCCAGUGUUGGUGGAGUUUCUGAUCUAAUGUCGUUACUCAAGGUUCGAUGCGUUUACAGAGACCCAGUAACAAAAGAGACCGUUGAUUUGAAUAAUUCCGGUGAAGUACAGAUUCUCAGGCCGAUUGCGAUGGCUGACCGAAGACCUGUGGUGUCAGUUGAAGUUGACAGACAGAGAAUCAGAAUACGUGCAGCGGAAGCCAUCUCCGAAGCUAGAGUAUUAGCCGAACGCGGUGAUUUGACUGAAGCUGUGUCGGUUCUUGAGACAUGCCGUGGGGUACUGACGGAGUCUGUGUCAGGUCGAGCGGAAGAUCCAUCGUGUGUCACACUGUGUGCAGAGCUAAAGGAGACGCAAGAGAGAAUGGCGAGCCGUCAAGUCUACGAGUCUUCGGGUAGGGCUUACGUACUCGCGGGUCUGAGCUCGCACUCGUGGCAGCGAGCUACAGCAAGAGGCGACAUGAGUGAUUCAACGACGAUAUCUUACCAGACGCAAUCAAUGGUGGAUAUGGUGAAUCUAUCUCAGACAAUGACAUUCGGAAUGCCUAUCGCUAGCUCUAAUUCGAGUCCAUCGACGCGGAGGAAACUACGGCAAGCUCUCAGUUUCCCAGCGAGGCCAAAGCCAAGGUGAUCGCUGGAGGAAGGAUAUAAAACGGGGAUUUUGACAUUUAUGGAUUUUUCAAAAUUUCCCCGCGUUAUUUUGUUUUCUGCUUUUUCUCUUUUAGAACGUUUUGUUUAUCUUCAAUUGGGAAGGGUAGUUUACGUUUAA